AUGAUAUCAGCAAACAUCCUCUCAAGGCAGGCGACGAGGCCUGGCCAACACCGAGUUCCUAGGUUCACCACUCGCUCUACCUCCCUCUUGCUCCAAUAUUCACUUGGCCGAGGACUCCCAGUCUCUCACGGAAGAAUCACCCGGGCUUGGGAGAGUACCUCAACCACCUCCUCCUCGACGGCCUCCACAGGUUCUCAUAAAGAAAACCUCUUCCCCCUCAAACUCAGCUCCGUCCUCAUCUGGCGGCCAUGGACAAGCGAAGAUCUCCUCCAACGCUUCGAAGGAUCCUCCUACAGCUUCAUCGACCCAAUCAGACUAGUCAAACGAGCCAUCAACACCCACGGCCAAGUUCCCAUCAAGGUCACCGAGAUCAUCCCUCGCCUUAAGGAUGGCGGCGCAUUCGUCAAGUUCACUUACCCAGAGGACAUGUCAGCUGCCGAAGUCGAAAGCAAACUGUCCAAACUCCUUCACAACAACCCCAUCAAACCAUGGUUCAACCCCUUCGGCAGGGUUCAGACGGGGCUGGUCGAGGGCGUCCCCUGGCUAGAAGACCUGUACAGACUCCCUCGCAGUCGCAUACGAGUCGAGUUCGUGCCAGCCAAGCACGACGAAUCCCCGGCCGAACUGUCACAGGAGACACUCUACAGCAUCUUCCGCAAAUACGGCAAAAUCAGCGAGAUCACGUCCCAGCCGACAGAUUCCAAGGUCUUGCCCCGUUUCGCCUACAUCGACUUUGUCUUGGUCCGCGAUGCCAUCAUGGCGAGAAAUUGCAUGCAUGGUUUCGUCUUGCGCGAACAGGGAAGCAAAAAUGCGACGAGAUUACGGCUUUCGUACGAACAGCGAGUCAAGGCCCAUCACAUCUGGGCUUGGUUCACGAGCCACCCUAGGAUCGUGAUCCCACUCGUCGCUGCCUUGAUUGCCGCCUUCACUGUUGCCGUGUUUGAUCCCAUUCGGGAGUUCUUUGUCAAGGCACACGUCCAGAAAUACUUUGAAUUCACCAACUCCCGCCUCUACAAAUGGUUCAAGUCGCAAACCUCGGAUAUCCUCGCCUUCCGUAGGCGCAAUACCGAAGAUGCCGGUCUCAACGCCCUCUUCACCCACCGCAAAGAUCUGAUCGACUCCAUCCAAACCGGCCUUCUCGAGUCCGUCGACACCUUCACCGUCGUCCACGGCCCGCGCGGAUCCGGCAAGAAGGAACUCAUUCUAGACCAAGUGCUCAAGGAACGCAAUGAUGUGUUGCUCAUCGACUGCAAGCCGGUCGUGGAAGCGCGCGGCGAAGCGGGCACCAUCCGUCGUCUUGCCUUCGAAGUCGGCUACCGCCCUGUAUUCUCUUGGUCCAACAACAUCAGCAGUCUAGUCGACCUCGCCGUGCAAAGCACCACCGGAGUCAAAGCCAACUUUUCAGAGAACCUAGAGUCGCAAGUCGUCAAGAUCUUGCAAACGACGGCGUCGGCGCUUAAGCAAGUUGUCAUUGUCAUCGACCACUUCCUCCACAAGAGCGAAGAGAAGGGGGUAAUCUACGACCGCAUCGCUGACUGGGCUGCUGCCUUGGUACAAUCCAACAUUGCUCAUGUCAUCUUCCUGACCGACGACGCCUCCUACUCCAAACCUCUUCAACGAUCACUUCCCGAUCGCGUCUUCCGCUCCGUCACCCUCGGCGACUUGUCCCCAGAUGUGGCCAAGAAGUUCGUCAUCUCCCAGCUGCAGACCGACACCAAGUUUGCGCAUGACGGGCAGCAGCAGCAGCAGCAGCAGCAGGAUCGUCAGAAUGAAAACGACGACCAUGGUACUACCUCAUCAUCAGCCAAAGACGACGACAACAAGAAGGAAAAGAAGAAGAACUCAAAGGACCGCCCCACCGCUGACCCGCUGCAGCUCGACCCCCGCCUCCUCGCAGAACUAGACACCUGCAUCACCGCCCUCGGUGGCCGUCUCACCGACCUGCAAGUCCUCGCCCGACGUCUCAAAAUCGGGCAAUCCCCACAAAAGGCCGUCCAAGAAAUCAUCGACUCAACCGCCUCCGACAUCCUGCGCAUGUUCCUUUUGUCCAAAUCUUCUUCUUCAACAGACAAGAAAUACACAACCGAACAAGCCUGGUACCUAAUCUCCGCCCUGGCCUCCUCCCCCACGUCUUCAAUCCCCUACAAUUCCGUCUUACUGUCAAACACCUUUGCCUCCUCCAUCUCCUCUUCUGCAGCAGCCGGGAGUCCCGAAACAGCCCUCGAAGCACUAGCCAAUGCCGAACUCAUCACUAUUAAAUCUGCCAAUGGCAUGCCGAUGGAGAUCAAAGCCGGCAAACCCGUUUACCAAGCUGCGUUCCAGAAGCUGGCUGGUGACGACAAGGUUAAAGCGCGGAUGGACUUGUUGGUGCUCACUGAGCUGGCAAAGAUUGAGACAAAGAACAUCGAAAAGGUCGAGCAGGAACUGGUCAUGUUGCAGGGGCUUAUGGCGAGACGGCCGGGAGAUGUUAGUGAGCGGGUUGAGUAUUUGCUGGAGAAAAUGAAGGGGGGACAGAAGAAGUUGAGGGCGUUGGAGGAGGAGACGGGGGUUGUUAAGGGACGGUUGGUUAAGGGGUAG